CGUCUGUCACUGAUCGAUUUUAUCGCCCGCAUUACGAUGCAACACCGUCUUGCAUCUAGUCAUGUUGGUUCCUCAUUCGAAAUGUAGUUCUGAAAUGAAGUCGAAUCUUUUUCAUUUUUGUUUCGUAAUUCUUUUGUUAAUUGUCGUGUCUCGUACUGCACGGGGAAAAGUAAUCAAUGCCAAAGAUGAAGGGAAAUUAUAUCCUCUGCUGAUGCCAGAUGUUCAACCGCUUAUGAAAGAAACAUAUUUAUGUACUGGAUUCCGGAUGCCGAAAAGUGAUUAUGAAUAUAUUGUCGAGUUCACCCCCAAUGCAUCCAUGCACACGGCCCACCACAUCUUGCUGUAUGGGUGUGAACUUCCUGGAAGGUGGCAGAGGGACAGUCCCAGGAUUGUUUGGGACUGCGGCGAAAUGAGCGGUCAGAAAUCUGGAUUCCCUCGAGGUCCCACCUGUUCCUCGGGAUCUCAGAUCAUCUACGCAUGGGCGAAGGAUGCUCCUCCCCUUCAUCUCCCAGAAGGAGUUGCGUUCAAAGUUGGAAAAGGUACUGGGAUAAACUAUCUGGUGUUGCAAGUACAUUAUGCCCACGUGGAGAAGUUCUUAAGUGGUGGAACUGACAAUUCAGGAAUCAUCCUCACAAUGCUACCAAGUAAAACCAACAGGGUGACGAAAACGGCGGGAGUUUAUUUGCUUGGAACGAAUGGAGUUAUAAGGGCUGGAGAAGAAGAACAUUUCGAAUCUGCCUGCAGAAUCGACGAGCCUGUGGUGAUACAUCCGUUUGCAUUUAGAACUCACACGCACGCUUUAGGUAAGGUUGUGUCUGGCUACAAGGUUGAUAAGGAUGGAAAGUGGCACUUGAUAGGCAAGCAUAAUCCCCAGGAACCGCAGAUGUUCUACCCUGUGAAAGAUAGUAAACUCAUCAUUGAUUACGGAGAUAUAGUUGCCGCUCGUUGCACUAUGUAUAACUUCCGUGACGUCGACACUUACAUUGGGCCUACUGGUGAGGAUGAAAUGUGCAAUUUCUACAUGAUGUACUACGUGGAUGGGGACAAGCCACUGGCGCAGAAGUAUUGCUAUUCUAGCGGACCACCCACAUACUACUGGUCAAAAGACCCGAAGCUCGAUUACAUUCCAUCGUACAUAGACAAGGAGGCCAGUGCUCCAGAGUGAAGAAUUCGUGAUUUUUUUUAAUUCAAAUAUUAUUUCUGAUUUUUGCAUGCACUGAACAUUGAUUUUCCGUUAGCUAUAGAAUACGUACUUUUUUCUCAUGCUUGUGGCUAUUUUCAUGAAGAAUUGCUCCAUUGGAACAUGAAUUUAUCCUACAAUGUUGGACUUACAGUAUUAUUUAUAUGAAUGGUAUUGUUAAAUUCAAAAUAUCUCAAUUUAAAAGAUGGAACAAGUAUGCGAAUGUGUUCGAGAUUUUUUUAAAAUGAUGUAAAAUAUCUAUAUUUUUUAAAAUUUCUCAUAUAAACAGGGUUAAAAACAUAUAUGGAAUAAGUAUAUAUCAGUUAAAAACUAAAAGUGUUUCGAAAAUGAAAAAAAAAAAAAAAUGUUGGGUUUUGGCAAGGGGGAGGACCUUAAUAAAGGUUUAAAGCAAAACCUUCUAACCUAGAAGUGUAUUUAAUAAUUUGCUCAAAAUUUUGGUGUAACUCAAAAAAUAUUUACUAAAAAUUAAUUUCUAUAUAAAUCUGGUCUCUAAAUGCUAGGGUUUUAUUAAUAAUUAGUAUGAAAUUCCCAAUUCCUCAGCAAUUAUAAAAUCUUUUGAAAAGAAAAGGUCGCAUAUAUUGUUGCUGAGAUGCCUCAAAACAUGUUGAGAGAUCCUUAUAUCAAAUUUGAAUAAUAAUUAUACAUUAAAUUUUAGUUUAUACAUAGGUUUUUGUUGGAACGUUUUACCAAAAUAUAAAAUUUCAGAAAGUGGCAUUUAAAGCUGUAAAUAUCUUUAAAAUGUAAAUUUUCCACAUAUAAAAAUGAAUAUAAAUUCCCAGAAUUAAAAAUAAAAACAAAAUUCAAACGGUUUUACAAAGAAAACAGUUGAAAACUUUAGAAUAUUGAAUGAAAAAUUUUCAAUGCGUUCACCAAGAAUUAAUUUUGAAACAUAUUCCCAUUUCUAAACAAGAAUGAAAAGAAAAAAAAAAGAUUUAUGUAGGUCCAAUCGAUAUUU